AAGACGAUCAUAAAACUAGAGGUACUCUCUUGCAAAAUUCCAAGUGAACAUUUUUUGUAAUUAAAACAACAAUUUUUCUGAACAUGGAUUGUGUGUUGUUCAAUCAGCUAUUAGUUCCAAGAAUCUUCAUUAGUUCAAAUGUUCAUCAUCAAUCUUUUGGUCAUUCACAUAAUAAUAAUAAUAAUAUUGUUGGAAUUGGACAGUACAGAAAAAAACUAUCAUCUCCCAAUUUGAAUACUUGGACAUGUAAGGCUGCUGAGACUCCAUUUGAGAAUGGAUCUUUAUUGAGUGCUGAAAUAACUAUUGAUUUCUUUGUGAGUGAAACAGAGGGUGAUCCUGAUUGUCCAACUAAAGGCUAUUCUUCAAUUGGAGAAGCACUUAAUGCAUUGUCUCAAGGAAAGUUUGUCAUUGUUGUAGAUGAUGAAAGUGGACAAGUGGAAGGAAACCUUGUCAUGGCAGCAUCAUUUGUUAGUGCUGAGGCAAUUGCAUUUAUGGUGAGACAUGGUUCAGGCAUUAUUUCUGUGGGCAUGAAAGAAGAGGAUCUGGAGAGGCUUAAUCUUCCUUUGAUGUCACCUGAAAAACAAGAUGAAUCUUCUGCUCCAUCCUUCACAAUCACAGUGGAUGCUAAGAAGGGCACAUCUACUGGUGUAUCGGCUUCGGAUAGGGCCAAAACUGUCCUGGCAUUGUCAUCUCCUACUUCUACUCCUGAAGAUUUCAUAAGGCCAGGCCAUGUUUUUCCUCUCAAGUAUCGGAAUGGUGGAGUCUUAAGAAGAUUUGGUCAUACUGAGGCUUCGGUUGAUUUAGUAACAUCAACUGGCUUGCAACCAGUUUCUGUUCUUUCAACUAUAGUUGAUAAAAAUGAUGGUUCUAUAGCCUCUAUGCACAUUUUGAAAAAUUUGGCCUUGGACCACAAGAUUCCGAUUGUAUCAAUAACUGAUUUAGUAAGAUAUAGGAGAAAGAGGGAGAAGCUUGUUGAAAGAACUGCAGUAUCACGUUUACCAACUAAAUGGGGAUUAUUCGAGGCAUACUGUUACCGUUCAAAGCUUGAUGGUACGGAGCAUAUAGCUGUCGUAAAGGGUGAUAUCGGAAAUGGUCAAGAUGUGUUGGUAAGGGUACAUUCGGAGUGUUUGACAGGUGAUAUUUUUGGAUCACGACGAUGUGAUUGUGGUAAUCAGCUGGAUUUAGCAAUGCAGCUGAUUGAGGAAGCUGGUAGGGGUUUGGUUAUCUAUCUCAGAGGCCACGAAGGACGAGGCAUUGGCUUAGGCCACAAGCUUCAGGCCUAUAAUUUGCAAGAUGAGGGACAUGAUACUGUUGAAGCCAAUCUAGAGCUCGGCUUUGCUGCAGAUGCUCGUGAAUAUGGCAUUGGCGCACAGAUGUUAAGGGAUAUAGGAGUCCGUACCAUGCGCCUAAUGACUAACAAUCCAGCAAAAUUUACGGGUUUAAAGGGCUAUGGUUUAGCAGUCGUUGGACGGGUACCAGUUUUGACACCCUUCACAGAAGAGAACAGGAAGUAUUUGGAAACCAAAAGAACAAAGAUGGGUCACAUAUAUGGAUCUGAUGUACAAGGACCUAUUAAGGCGUCAAUCAAACGGAAUUUGGAGAAACAAGAUCCAUCCCAGGAAAGAUAUGAAAGUUGAGUAAGUACAGAUUACUUUCAAGGAGGGAGAGACAUUCAUCUGUUUCAUACUUCAUUCACAUUUUUUUAUUGUACAACUUAUUCUUUGAGAUAUAUUCCAAUUACAGAAAAGAAAACACACUAAAGCACUCAUUAUACAUAAAUACCUUCUUGAUACAAAAGCUCAAUGAUCUCUUUUUACCUUGA